AUGACGCAGUGGUUUCCGAGCGCGUUUUCACUAGUCGUGUCGAGGCUGUCACCAUCUUUGACGAGAGACAAUCGACACGCCCGCGACUCGUCACUCGAACCGUUUUUCUUCAUCAGAGAGCGGGAACCCGUGAUCCAGGCAGUGACUGAUAUUUGCGGCAUGAGUGACGCGCAGAAAACUUGCAUCCCGCCGAACGCGCUGUCGACAGAUGUAACCCACUCGGCUUUGGAUUUCCAGGAUGAACGUCGAAUGAGUCGAACGAAGGACGAGGGCAAAGCCUGGGUCGAGGGCAAGUCUGCAAAGGUCCUCGAGGGCUUUUUCAUCAUCACAGUCGUCGGGGCAUUCCAAGUCGCAGCCUGGCGAGGUAUUUGGCAAGUAACGGACGAGUACGUUUUCCCGGAACAUGACGGGGUUUCCGCAUUCUUUUGUUUCGUCGUCGGACACGUCGCUAUGCUGCCAGCCAUAGUUUUUGCGCACCACUUGCAAGAUGGCCUCGGAGGAGGCACCAGCACAGGAUUGUUCGUGGUGAUCUCGCGUUUGUACACGGCGGUCUGCUCCGUUCUGGCCGUGUGGCAGUGGCGUGGCACGUGGCACCUUCUCAACUACUACAUCGGCACUUCAUGGGAAGGAUUCGCGUCCACAGGCGGGGUAUCUUUAGUUGCCAUGAUAUUGUUGCAAAUCAUGGUGACGAUCCCGUGUCCACCGUACGGACUGGAAAUUGACUUCCGGGAAACUUACUUCAGCAAUGCGGACAUAUCUUUCUUCGGCAUCGAGUGGAAAGGAGAGCUCCAUGCAAAAUACGUCGUCGAUCGCAUCUUUGCUGUUUUCAUCACUUUCCAGCCAGCCAUUGUUUUUUGGCGAGCCAUUUGGGGGCUGCAAGAUUUAUUCUUCUUCCCGGAAAACUUGGUGCACAAUUUCCUUGCCUCUUUGGUCCUCGGAGUGGUGGUAACUGCUGUGGCCUUCGUGACGAGGACCUGGAUUCGUCGGCUGACAAGAGAACGCAAAGGAAUCAGCAGACUCGUUAUCGAAUAUCCAUACGUGUUAUUCUGUGCAUUUGGAUGCAUCAGUCUGUGGCGAGGGAUAUGGGAAAUGUUCGACAUAUGUUUGAUACCAGAUGAUUACUCUCUGAGUAAUAAGAUAACGGCUGUCGUCGGACUCAUCGGAAUGAUGGCCAUGUAUAUUGGGAACACUAUUGCGUGUCGUGGACUGACCAGAGAUGGCAAAGGAACAAAUGGGCAUGACUAUCACCGGGAUUAUUUUGAGGAGAUCUGGAGAAUGAUUAAGACCUGAAGGUGCUAUUUUAAGGUAUAUUUGUAACUCUCUGUGCUUUCAUAGUGGAAAUGCAUCAGCUGGAUGUGGAUUCUUUUAAUUUCAGCAAGAAAAGUGAAAAAAUGGCGUCAGUGUUAUUGAUUACUCGAAUUACGAGUCCAACGCGUCUUUUUCUCGUAUUUUGAAUAUUUCUAAACGAACAGCAUUUGAGCACGUUCAAAUGAUUCAGCAUAGUAGAAACCAUAAUAGAAAAGUGAAAAAUGGUGUCAGUGUUAUUGAUUAUGAUUACUCGAAUAGCGAGUCCAACUCGUCUUUUUCUUGUAUUUUGAAUAGUUCUCAGCGAACAGUAUUUGAGCAUGUUCAAAUAAUUCAGCAUGGCAGACAUAAUAAUUAGGCCAAGAGAUAUGAAGCGAAUUUUACCUCAAGACGUUUUUUUUUUUUUCAAUCUACGAAGGGAAAACCCCGCUGCUUGUUAAAAAACGAAUUCGAUUGUCCUCAAUUUCGAGCUGGUCGUGCUCAUUGAAAUUGAAGGAAAAUGCUGGUGUGUUUGAAAGGUUCAUUAGCUGGAGUGUAAGUAAUGGCCUUUCGCCUGGGGAAUCACGAACCCGUGGAAAUCCCGGUUUGUGAAUGAGUGGGCAAUAUAAUAACUAGCAUCGGAUUUGAUUUUUCGUCGAAACAGCUGACAUCUAUGUAACAUCCUUUUGACUUGGAUAAUACGUCAAAUCUGUUAAAACUGAUUUUAUGUAGGUGUCGCUCAUCUGAAAGUAAAUCGGAUCUCAUUCAGCAUACUGUAGGUGAAAUGUCGUCGAUGUGAUGGUCCCGACUCUUUUGGCCGACGGAGCCUAAUAGGCUUUGAAUUUUUAUUAACUGACAGUCAGUUCUUAAUUGGCCUUCUGUCCAUGCACCCAACUUUUCUGUUCUAUUCCACACUGCAGACUGCACCCACGUCGAUGAAUAUGACGUUUGUUGUUUCUCAUGACAGUUUUCUUCAUUUUUAAUUUCAUUUAGUAAUUCGGAAAAGCAGCAGGGCUCCCUAGAAUUUUGUAGAAAAUCAAUUGAGAAUCUCUGUUAUCAAGUUCUGCAUAAAUGAUACUUUGUUUUACUUCUUGCGAUGGGAUUGGCGUCUUGCUCGAAUUGCAUGCACGAAAUAUGUGAACGCGCCAAGUUCUAUGAACGAAAGUAUACUGCACCUCAUCAACCAAGAAGA